AACAGCUAAGUAGCACAUUUCGCUGUUUAGUAGGACCUGCACUCAUCAGAUAACAUGGCGACCUCCAUGAGUUUUCUUACAGCUUACAGGCUAGGAAAAAUAACACAAAACUUGAAAUUAUCUGGGUGCAGGUUAGGAGCAUCAAUUCAGUGCCAAUUACGUGCACCUACACCAUUACACAAGCUGUUUUCUACAGAUGGUGGUCAAGACCAGCCUAUUCAAUAUUCCACAAGUCUGGCAAAAUCAUGGUCUGUUCGGCAAUCCUUUGGACCAGCUGGUAGUGUUGAAAGAAACUACAAAUAUGAGGCGUUUCGCUUGACUGUCAUAUUAGGAAGUGUAUCGGCGUUUCUAAUCUAUUUCUGUGUAUUACGAGAGGAAAACGAUAUUGACGAUGAACUGGACGUGCCCUUGAUAGAUAGGAUUAAAGGAUUGGAAGAGACUCAACUGAGACAAUCAUUUGAGUACAACAGCUCCAAGGGGCUACCAACGGAGAGAAUCGAACAAAGGCUAAAAGAGAUCGAACUGGAAAAAUCUUAUGAGCAACAGCAGCAGGACAACAAAUUAUGAAUUUAUGUAACAGCAGUGUUGUUCAUUACUAAGUUAGUUAAUAGUUUGCUAAAUGUGUAACGUAAAAAUAUAGAAAUUUUUUAACAUUACUGGCCUCUUAUUGGAUUGUAUUUUUAAACAGAUAGAAAUCCUAUUUAUGUACCUAGUGUCAUGGUUUAGGUUAAAUUAUUACUACAUCAAAACAGCCUAUAAAACCCAGCAUUGCUAUCCUACAGUUGUAGGUACAAUACACUAACAGCAUUGGUCAGUGCCAAGAAUGCACUUCAUGUAUACUCACGAGGCCGUAUUACAUUACUCUUUCUGUCAUUUAGCAUACAUACGUGGUUAUUUCCAUAUAAACAGGAGAAAAUAGUAGAAGUGCAACCCCAUUAUAAGACAAUUGCAUAUAUACAGGAUUACAUUAUAGUGCAGUAAUAAGGAGUCAAAACUUUCUGUUAACCAGAUGGAAAUGUGAAUAAAACUUACGUUUAUACUGUUA